GCGCGCUCGCGCGUAUGUGUGUGAGUGCGUGUCCUGCUCGCUCCAUGUUGCCGCCUCUCCCGGUACCUGCUGCUGCUCCCGGAGCUGCGGGAAAUGCGAGAGGCUGAGCCGGGGAGGAGGAACCCGAGCAGCAGCGGCGGCGGCGGCCGCGGCGGCGGCGGCGGCGGCGGGAGGAGCCCCCCAGGAGGAGGACCGGGAUCCAUGUGUCUUUCCUGGUGACUAGGAUGUCGUCGGAGGAGGACAAGAGCGCGGAGCAGCCGCAGCCGCCGCCACCCCCCCCCGAGGAGCCCGGAGCCCCGGCCCCGAGCCCCGCAGCCGCAGACAAAAGACCUCGGGGCCGGCCUCGCAAAGAUGGCGCUUCCCCUUUCCAGAGAGCCAGAAAGAAGCCUCGAAGUAGAGGAAAAAAUACAGUGGAAGAUGAGGACAGCAUGGAUGGGCUGGAGACAACAGAAACAGAAAAUACUGUGGAAACAGAAAUCAAAGAACAGUCAGCAGAAGAGGACGCUGGAGCAGAAGUGGACAGCGGCCAGCAGCCGGUCCCAGCCUUUCGGUCUGUGUCUGAGGAUGCUGCAGCCUCCCUGGUCUCUGUUGGUAUCGAAGCCAAAAUCAGUGAACAGCUCUGCGCUUUUUGUUACUGUGGUGAAAAAAGCUCCUUAGGACAAGGAGACUUAAAACAAUUUAGAGUAACGCCUGGAUUUAUUUUGCCAUGGAAAAACCAACCUUCUAACAAGAAGGACAUUGAUGACAACAGCAGUGGAACUUGUGAGAAAAUACAAAACUCAACACCACGAAAACAAAGAGGACAGAGAAAGGAACGGUCUCCUCAGCAGAGUAUAGUGUCUUGUGUAAGUGUGAGCACGCAGACUGCUUCAGAAGAUCAGGCUGGUAAAUUAUGGGAUGAGCUCAGUCUGGUUGGCCUUCCAGAUGCCAUUGAUGUCCAAGCCUUAUUUGACCCUACAGGCACUUGUUGGGCUCAUCACCGUUGUGUGGAAUGGUCACUGAGGGUGUGCCAGAUGGAAGAACCGUUGUUAGUGAACGUGGACAGAGCUGUUGUCUCAGGGAGCACAGAACGAUGUGCAUUUUGUAAGCACCUUGGAGCCACUAUCAAAUGCUGUGAAGAGAAAUGUACCCAGAUGUACCAUUACCCUUGUGCUGCCGGAGCUGGCACCUUUCAGGAUUUCAGUCACUUCUUCCUCCUUUGUCCAGAGCACAUUGACCAAGCUCCUGAAAGAUCAAAGGAAGACGCAAACUGUGCAGUGUGCGACAGCCCGGGAGACCUCUUAGAUCAGUUCUUUUGCACCACUUGUGGCCAGCACUAUCAUGGAAUGUGCCUGGAUAUAGCGGCUACGCCGUUAAAACGUGCAGGUUGGCAAUGUCCCGAGUGCAAGGUGUGCCAGAACUGCAAACAAUCGGGAGAAGAUAGCAAGAUGCUAGUGUGUGAUACGUGUGACAAAGGGUAUCAUACUUUUUGUCUUCAACCAGUUAUGAAAUCAGUACCAACCAAUGGCUGGAAAUGCAAAAAUUGCAGAAUAUGUGUAGAGUGUGGCACACGAUCUAGUUCUCAGUGGCACCACAAUUGCCUGGUAUGUGACAGUUGUUACCAACAGCAGGAUAACUUAUGUCCUUUCUGUGGGAAGUGCUACCAUCCAGAAUUGCAGAAAGACAUGCUUCAUUGUAAUAUGUGCAAAAGAUGGGUUCACUUAGAAUGUGACAAACCGACAGAUCAUGAACUGGAUUCUCAGCUCAAAGAAGAGUACAUCUGUAUGUAUUGCAGACACUUAGCUGAGAUGGAUCCAUUACAGCCAGGUGAUGAAGUGGAGAUGGCUGAACUCACUACAGAUUGUAACAAUGAAAUGGAAGUUGAAGGCCCUGAGGACCACAUGGUGUUUCUGGAGCAAGCAACUAAUAAAGAUGUCGGUGGUCAGCAGCCCGCACCUGGAAUUGUUCCAGAUGCAGCUCACAUCCAUACUGGAGAGCAACAGAGGAGUGAUCCACCGGAAAGUCACGGCACACGUGGACUUCUCAUUGCUGAAUCAUCCCAAGAUAAAAUGAAUCCUGAAUUGGAAAAUCAGAUUUCUCGUGAAGUUGAUAGUGAAGAAAUGGAGAUGCCUCCUAAAGUGAUGCACACUUGCAGUGCAGAUCAAAAUGAGAACAAAAUGGAAGUGACAGACAGUGCUGAAGCCCUUGCUCCCCAGGUCUCUGUGCAGCGGGGGGAAGUGCACUUGUUGGAGGGACCUAACAUGGUAGCGUCCCCAGAAGAAUCCCGGCCUCCAGGAGUCAACAUUGAAUCUGUCACUGCCCCAUCCCCGGGUGGGGACGGUACGGCUUUAUGUUCUAAGGAACAGUUGGCCAUAGAAAGGGUACCAGAAGAAAUGGAACAGAAAGAAAAUCCUGAACCUUCUACUGCAUUUAUGGACUUCGAAGUGGCUCCUGCAAUUGAGAGUUGUGUGAAAGAUGGUGUAUGCCAAGAAAGCAAAUCUGUAAAAUUACCAUCUGAGACAGAGUCAUCAUUUUCAUCAGCAGCGGGCAUAAGCAAGGCAAAUGCGUCUUCCUCUCCAGCACUUUCUUCCGACUUGCCUUCCCACGACAUGCUGCAUAGCUACCCAUCGACUCCCAGUGCUUCUGCUGGAAACAUCAUGCCAACAACUUACAUCUCCGUCACCCCCAAAAUUGGCAUGGGGAAACCAGCUAUUACCAAAAGGAAAUUUUCUCCUGGUAGACCUCGGUCCAGACAGGGGGCUUGGAGCACCCAUAAUACAGUGAGCCCACCUUCCUGGUCCCCAGACAUUUCAGAAGGCCGGGACAUUUUUAAACCCAGGCAGCUUCCUGGCAGUGCCAUUUGGAGCAUCAAAGUGGGCCGGGGGUCAGGAUUUCCAGGAAAGCGGAGACCUCGUGGUGCGGGACUGUCGGGACGAGGCGGCAGAGGCAGAUCAAAGUUGAAAAGUGGAAUCGGGGCAGUUGUGUUACCCGGGGUGUCUGCUGCAGAUAUUUCAUCAAAUAAGGAUGAAGAAGAAAACUCUAUGCACAAUACGGUUGUGUUGUUUUCUAGCAGUGACAAGUUCACUUUGCAUCAGGAUAUGUGUGUAGUUUGUGGCAGUUUUGGCCGAGGAGCAGAGGGCAGACUACUUGCCUGCUCUCAGUGUGGUCAGUGUUACCAUCCAUACUGCGUCAGUAUUAAGAUCACUAAAGUGGUUCUGAGCAAGGGCUGGAGGUGUCUGGAGUGCACCGUGUGUGAGGCCUGUGGGAAGGCGACAGACCCAGGACGACUCCUGCUGUGCGACGACUGUGACAUAAGUUAUCACACCUACUGCCUGGACCCGCCACUGCAGACAGUCCCCAAAGGGGGCUGGAAGUGCAAAUGGUGUGUGUGGUGCCGACACUGCGGAGCGGCGUCCGCGGGCCUGCGCUGCGAGUGGCAGAGCAAUUACACGCAGUGCGGGCCCUGCGCCAGCCUGUCCUCCUGCCCCGCCUGCCGCCGCGGCUACCGCGAGGAGGAGCUCAUCCUGCAGUGCCGCCAGUGUGACAGAUGGAUGCAUGCAGUUUGUCAAAACUUAAAUACUGAAGAGGAAGUGGAAAAUGUAGCAGACAUCGGUUUUGACUGCAGCAUGUGCAGACCCUAUAUGCCUACAUCAAAUGUGCCUUCCUCAGACUGCUGUGAAUCUUCACUUGUAGCACAAAUUGUCACAAAAGUGAAAGAGCUAGAUCCACCCAAGACCUACACCCAGGAUGGUGUAUGUUUGACUGAAUCAGGGAUGACUCAGUUACAGAGCCUCACAGUUACUGUUCCAAGAAGAAAACGGUCAAAACCAAAGUUGAAGUUGAAGAUCAUAAAUCAGAAUAGCGUGGCCGUCCUUCAGACCCCUCCAGACAUCCAAUCAGAGCAUUCAAGGGAUGGUGAAAUGGAUGAUAGUCGAGAAGGAGAACUUAUGGAUUGUGAUGGAAAAUCAGAAUCUAGUCCUGAACGGGAAGCUGUGGAUGAUGAAACUAAGGGAGUAGAAGGAACAGAGGGUGUCAAAAAGAGAAAAAGGAAACCAUACAGACCAGGUAUUGGUGGAUUUAUGGUACGACAAAGAAGUCGAACUGGGCAAGGAAAAACCAAAAGAUCUGUGAUCAGAAAAGAUUCCUCAGGCUCCAUUUCUGAGCAGUUACCUAGCAGAGAUGAUGGCUGGAGUGAGCAGUUACCAGAUACUCUAGUCGAUGAAUCUGUUUCUGUUACUGAAAACACUGAAAAAAUAAAGAAGAGAUACCGAAAAAGGAAAAAUAAGCUUGAAGAAAGUUUCCCUGCCUAUUUACAAGAAGCUUUCUUUGGAAAAGAUCUUCUAGAUACAACUAGACAAAACAAACUAAGUUUAGAUAAUCUAUCAGAAGAUACAGCUCAGCUUUCUUACAAAACAAACAUGAACACAAAUUUCUUGGAUCCUUCCUUAGAUCCACUACUUAGUUCAUCCUCAACUCCGGCAAAACCUGGAACUCACGGUACUGCUGAUGAUCCCUUAGCCGACAUCUCUGAAGUCCUAAACACAGAUGAUGACAUUCUUGGAAUAAUUUCAGAUGACCUUGCAAAAUCAGUUGAUCAUUCAGGUCUUGAUUUAUGCACUUUCCAGGUUGAGAGCUCAUCUUGUCCACUUGCUGGGAUAGACGCGGGUGCCGGCGCUGAUGAACCUUCCUCUUUGCCUCAGCCAAGUGUCAGUCAGAGUUCACGACCAUUAAGUGAAGAGCAGCUCGAUGGCAUCCUCAGCCCUGAACUAGACAAAAUGGUCACAGAUGGAGCAAUUCUUGGGAAGUUAUAUAAAAUUCCAGAGCUUGGAGGAAAGGAUGUGGAGGACUUGUUUACCGCUGUGCUCAGUCCUGCAGCCACGCAGCCAGCUUCCAUGCCACAGCCUCCUGCGCCUCCGCUGCUGCCCACGCACACUCAGGAUGUUUUUUCACGGAUGCCACUCAUGAACGGCCUUAUUGGACCCAGUGCUCAUCUCGCACAUAAUUCUUUGCCUCCUGGAAGUGGACUGGGAGCUUUCUCUGCUGUAGCGCAGUCCCCCUACACCGAUGCCAGGGAUAAAAAUCCAGCAUUUAAUCCAAUGGCAAGUGACCCUAACGGCACUUGGACAUCAUCAGCUCCCACUAUGGAAGGAGAAAAUGACACGAUGUCAAAUGCCCAGAGAAGUACACUCAAGUGGGAGAAAGAGGAGGCCCUGGGUGAAAUGGCAACAGUAGCACCAGUCCUGUACACAAAUAUUAAUUUCCCCAACCUAAAGGAAGAAUUCCCAGACUGGACUACUAGAGUGAAGCAGAUUGCCAAGCUGUGGAGAAAAGCAAGCUCGCAGGAAAGAGCACCAUACGUGCAAAAAGCCAGAGAUAACAGAGCUGCUUUACGCAUUAAUAAAGUACAGAUGUCAAAUGAUUCCAUGAAAAGGCAGCAACAGCAAGACAGCAUCGAUCCCAGCUCUCGUAUUGAUUCAGAUCUUUUUAAAGAUCCACUAAAGCAAAGAGAAUCGGAACAUGAACAGGAAUGGAAAUUCAGACAGCAAAUGCGCCAGAAAAGCAAGCAGCAGGCCAAGAUCGAGGCCACGCAGAAGCUGGAGCAGGCGAAGAGCGAGCAGCAGCAGCUCGGCUCUCAGCCUCUGCUGGGGCGGUCUGGCUCCGACACGCCGACCGGUGGGGUCCAGAGCCCCUUGACCCCGCAGCCCGGCAACGGGAGUAUGUCUCCGGCACCGUCCUUCCAUAAAGACCUGUUUGCGAAGCCGCUGCCCGGCGCCCCCACGUCCGCGCCAUCAGAUGACGUGUUUGUAAAGCCGCACGCCCCGCCUCCUCCCCCAGCGCCGUCCCGCAUCUCCCUCCCGGAGAGUCUGCCGCAGGCUCAGACUCCUCAGCCGCCUUCCCCACAGAUGUUUUCCCCUGGAUCUUCUAACUCCCGGCCGCCAUCUCCAGUGGAUCCUUACGCGAAAAUGGUUGGUACCCCAAGACCACCUCCUGGGGGCCAUGGUUUUUCCAGAAGAAAUUCUGCACUGGUGGAAAACUGUGCACCUUUAUCAUCCAUAUCCAGGCCCACUCAAAUGAGCGGGACAACAGCAAAUGGGCCAUCCGCAGUCAGAGAUUCAUGUUCUUCCUCCACGGCAAGUAGUGACCCCUACGCCAAGCCCCCAGACACGCCUAGGCCUGUGAUGGCAGAUCCAUUUCCCAAACCCUUAGGCCUACCCCGGUCUCCUGUAGUUUCUGAACAAACUGCAAAAGGUCCUCUAGCGUCUGGAACCAAUGACCACUUUACUAAACCAUCUCCUAGGGCAGAUGCGUUUCAAAGACAACGGAUACCUGACCCAUAUGCUCGACCCUUGUUGACACCGGCACCUCUUGAUAGUGGUCCCGGACCUUUUAAAGCUCCAAUGCAGCCGCCCCCGUCCUCCCAGGACCCUUAUGGAUCAGUGUCCCCGGCACCAAGGCGAUUGUCUGUCGACCCUUAUGAGAGGCCUGCUUUGACACCACGACCUGUAGAUAACUUUUCUCAUAACCAGUCGAGUGAUCCAUACAGCCAGCCUCCCAUCACCCCACAUCCGGCAAUGAAUGAAUCUUUUGCUCAUCCUUCAAGGGCUUUUUCCCAGCCUGGAACCGUAUCAAGGCCAACAUCUCAGGACCCAUAUUCCCAACCUCCAGGAACUCCACGUCCUGUUGUAGAUUCCUAUCCCCAACCCCCAGGAACAUCUCGCUCCAAUCCAGACCCCUAUUCUCAACCUCCUGGAACUCCCCGGCCCACCAUUGACCCGUACAGUCAGCAGCCACCGACCCCGAGGCCGUCUGCACAGGCAGACCUGUUUGUCACGUCUGCAGCUAAUCAGAGACGCUCUGAUGCACGUGGUCACCCGCCUGGGACGCCGAGACCGGGAAUCUCUGUUCCUUACCCUCAGCCACCAGCAGUACCGAGGCCCAGGAUUUCAGAGGGUUUUACUAGGUCCUCGAUGACAAGACCGGUCCUCAUGCCAAAUCAGGAUCCUUUCCUGCAGGCAGCACAAAACCGAGGAGCAGCCUUACCUGGCCCUUUGGUAAGGCCACCUGAUGCGUGUUCCCAAACACCCAGGCCACCUGGACCUGGUCUUUCAGACACUUUUAGCCGUAUCUCCCCAUCUGCCCCUCGUGACCCCUACGAUCAGCCUCCCACGACUCAGAGGUCUCAGUCUGACUCUUUCGGAACAAGUCAGGUUGCCCGUGAUGUCGCUGAUCAGCCACGGCCUAGGUCAGAGGGGAGCUUCAGCGCACCUUCCAACUCGCCCAUGAAUUCUCAAGGCCAGCAGUUCUCCGGUGUGUCCCAGCUUCCCGGACCUGUACCAACCUCAGGAGUCACCGAUACGCAGAGCACUGUAAACAUGUCUCAAGCAGAUACAGAGAAAUUGAGACAGCGACAGAAGUUACGUGAAAUCAUCCUCCAGCAGCAACAGCAGAAGAAGCUGGCAGGUCGACAGGAGAAGGGGUCACAGGACCCAGGACCAGUGCCUCAUCCGGGGCCCCUGCAGCACUGGCAGCCGGAGAGUGUCAGCCAGGCUUUUACUAGGCCUCCACCCCCCUAUCCUGGGAGCAUCAGGUCUCCCAUUGGCCCUCCUCUAGGACCUAGAUAUGCUGUUUUCCCAAAAGAUCCACGUGGACCCUAUACUCCUGAUGUUACUGGUAUGGGGAUGAGACCUCAUGGAUUUAGAUUUGGAUUUCCAGGAGGUAGUCACGGUACCUUGUCAAGUCAGGAACGCUUCCUUGUACCUCCUCAACAAAUACAAGGAUCUGGAGUUCCUCCACAGCUGAGAAGAUCUAUGUCUGUAGAUAUGCCCAGGCCUUUAAAUAACUCGCAAACGAAUAAUCCAGGUGGACUUCCUCCACAUUUUUCACCGCAGAGCCUGUCAGUUCAGCAGCAUAACAUACUGGGCCAAGCAUUUAUUGAAUUGAGGCACAGGACCCCUGAUGGAAGGCCUCGGAUGCCCUUCCCUGCUUCUCCUGGCAACGUUAUAGAGGCACCUUCUCAUCCAAGACAUGGAAACUUCAUUCCCCGGCCAGACUUUCCAGGCCCUAGGCACACAGACCCCAUGAGACGACCUUCCCAAGGUCUCCCUCAUCAGCUGCCUGUGCAUCCAAAUUUGGAACAAGUGCCACCAUCUCAGCAAGAGCAAAGCCACCCUGUCCAUUCAUCUUCUAUGGUCAUGAGACCUCUGAGCCACCCCUUAGGUGGUGAGUUUUCAGAGGCCCCUUUGUCCACAUCUACACCAGCUGAAACAACAUCUGAUAAUUUGCAGAUAACCACCCCGUCUUCUGGUGGUCUUGAAGAAAAGCUUGAUUCUGAUGACCCAUCUGUCAAAGAACUAGAUGUUAAAGACCUCGAGGGAGUUGAAGUCAAAGACUUAGAUGAUGAAGAUCUUGAGAAUUUAAAUCUAGAUACAGAGGAUGGCAAGGGAGAUGAAUUGGAUACUUUAGGUAAUUUGGAAACUAAUGAUCCCAACCUGGAUGACCUCUUAAGGUCAGGAGAAUUUGAUAUCAUUGCAUAUACAGAUCCAGAACUUGACCUGGGAGAUAAGAAAGGCAUGUUUAACGAGGAACUAGACCUUAAUGUUCCAAUUGAUGAUAAGUUAGAUAAUCAGUGUGUAUCUGUUGAACCCACCAAAAAGGAACAAGAUGACAAAAGUGUGGUUCCUUCUGAUAAACAUUCUUCUUGGAAAAAAUCCACUGUCAGCAGUGAGAUUAAAACAGAAGUACUGUCUCCAGAUUCUAAAGGGGAAACCAAAUGUGAAAGUGAGAAAAGUGAUGAGGGUAAAGACACUGUUGACGCCCCCUGCCCACAGGCCCCUGCUCAUACAGACGGGAACGGUGGGGAACAGGCUUCUCUGCAGUCCUGCGAUGCAGAUCUACUUGAGAAAAGAACUAAUCGAGAAACGGCUGGCUCCAACACAAGUGCUCGUGGGUCCACUCAGCUGCCUGCUGAAGAUGUGAUAAACUCUUGUAGCAUACCUGGAUCAACUCCAGUUCUCUCAAGUUUACUUGCUAAUGAAAAAUCUGAUAAUUCAGACGUUAGGCCAUUGGGGUCUCCACCACCAACUUUGCCGGCCUCACCAUCCAGUCAUGUGUCAAGUUUGCCUCCCCCCCUAAUGACACCGCCUGGUCAUGCUUUGGAUAAUACGUUGAAUUCUAAUGUGACAGUAGUCCCUAGAUUAAACCAUACUUUCCCUCAGGGUAUGCAGGCGAGUCCAGGAUUUAUUCAGGGUCAGCCAACAGUGCAUCGUGGUUUUGGAACCGCAAAGCCUGUGAAUCAGACUGUGCCUCUGACAAGUCCGUCUGCGCCCAGUGGCGUGUCUGGGCCCCAGCAGCUGAUGGCGCCUCAGACGGCCGCCCAGCAGAAUAGAGAGAGGCCCCUCCUUCUGGAGGAGCAGCCUCUACUUCUGCAGGACCUUUUGGAUCAGGAGAGACAAGAGCAGCAACAGCAAAGACAGAUGCAAGCCAUGAUCCGUCAGCGGUCUGAACCGUUCUUCCCUAAUAUCGAUUUUGAUGCAAUUACAGAUCCUAUAAUGAAAGCCAAAAUGGUGGCCCUUAAAGGCAUAAAUAAAGUAAUGGCACAAAACAGCAUGGGCAUGCCACCGAUGGUGAUGAACAGGUUCCCCUUUAUGGGCCCGCCGGUUACUGGAACACAGACUGGUGAUGGCCAGACUCUCCUUCCACAGGCAGUUACUCAGGAUGGCAGUAUAACACAUCAGAUUUCUAGGCCUAAUCCUCCAAAUUUUGGUCCAGGCUUUGUCAAUGAUUCACAACGUAAACAGUAUGAAGAAUGGCUUCAGGAGACCCAACAGCUUCUUCAGAUGCAGCAGAAAUAUCUUGAAGAACAAAUCGGUGCACACAGGAAAUCCAAGAAGGCCCUUUCAGCUAAACAACGUACCGCCAAGAAAGCUGGGCGUGAGUUUCCAGAAGAGGACGCAGAGCAGCUCAAGCACGUCACUGAGCAGCAAAGCAUGGUUCAGAAGCAGCUAGAGCAGAUUCGUAAACAACAGAAGGAGCACGCUGAGUUGAUUGAAGAUUAUCGGAUCAAGCAGCAGCAGCAGCAGCAGCAGUGUGCGAUGGCCCCGCCCACUGUGAUGCCCGGCGUCCCGCCCCAGCUGCCCCUGGUUCCAGGUGUGCCCCCGCCCACCAUGAGCCAGCCCGGCUUCCCCAUGGCGCCACUGCAGCUGCAGCACCAGCAGCACGCCACGGUCAUCGCUGGCCGCACGACGAGCCCCGCUAGGACGCCCGGUUUACCUGGGUGGCAGCCUACCGGCGCUCCUCACCGCCCCCUCGAUCCUCCUAGGAUUCAGCCCCCAGUUGCCCAGUUACCAGUAAAAACUUGCCCACCAGCCCCAGGGCCAGUGUCAAAUGCAAAUCCACAGAGUGGACCACCACCACGGGUGGAAUUCGAUGACAAUAACCCCUUCAGUGAAAGUUUUCAAGAACGGGAACGUAAGGAACGUUUACGAGAACAGCAGGAAAGACAACGAAUCCAGCUCAUGCAAGAAGUAGACAGACAGAGAGCGUUGCAGCAGAGGAUGGAAAUGGAGCAGCACGGCAUGGUGGGCUCAGAGCUAAGCAGCAGGACACCCGUGUCCCAGAUCCCAUUCUACACUUCUGACCUGCCCUGUGAUUUUACGCAACCUCCAAGACCCCUUCAGCAGCCUCCGCAGCAGCCACAGCAAGCGGGGCCAGUUUUACAGCAGCAGAACAUACAGCAAGGGUCUAUUAAUUCACCACCCACCCCAAAUUUCCUGCAAACCAACGAGCGAAGGCAGAUGGGACCUCCCUCGUUUGUUCCCGACUCGCCGUCAAUUCCUGGUGGAAGCCCAAACUUCCGUUCUGUGAAGCCAGUACUUGGAGGUGUUCCUGGGGCCAGCUUCCAGCAGUCCCCGGUGAGGCCUCCUUUUACACCCGCGUUACCUGCGGCACCUCCAGUGGCUAAUAGCAGUCUCCCCUGUGGCCAAGACCCGGCCGUAAGCCGUGGACAGAGUUACCCAGGAUCAGCCCCGUCUCUCAUCCAGCUGUAUUCUGAUAUAAUCCCGGAAGAGAAAGGGAAAAAGAAGAGAACAAGAAAGAAGAAGAAAGACGACGAUGCGGAAUCUACCAAGGCACCUUCUACUCCCCAUUCGGAUGUAGCUGCUCCACCAACGCCGGGUGUCUCGGAAGCCGCCUCUGCCCCCGCGGCGGGCGCACCCGGAGAGCUCCCUCGGCGAGGAGAGCCCAAGCCAGCGGAACCGGGCGGCCUAUCACCUCCUGACCUGGCAGCGGGCCCGCUGUGCACAGAACCAGAGAACGAACUGCCCAGCGGUGACUUUGCACGAGGAACCCCAGGUCAACAGACCUGUGCGAGUUCAGAGGUGGAUAAGCGCCCCAUCGACGCCCCUGCCCCAGAUGGGGAGGUGAAACCGGAGUCAGCUGAGCUGGAGCAGCGCCCAGGCCCAGAUGGGCCUGAACUGGAGGAGCGCGCCGGGGAUGGGACCGAAGAAAGGGCUGUGGCCGGCGCUUCCUGCCCGGGGCAGAGUCCUCCCCGACCUGCCGGCACUCCUGCUGCCAAAGGAGAUUCAGGCAAUGAGCUGCUGAAGCACCUGCUGAAAAAUAAAAAGGCAUCUUCCCUGUUAAAUCAAAAACCGGAAGGGAGUUUUUGCUCAGAAGACGACGGUACGAAGGAUAACAAACUGGUUGAGAGGCAGGACCCAGCCGACGUGCAAACUUUGGGGGCUCAAGUGCAAGGUGGUUUUGGAUGUGGCAACAGCCAGUUGCCAAAAACAGAUGGAGGAAGUGAAACCAAGAAACAGCGAAGCAAAAGGACUCAGAGGACCGGAGAGAAGGCAGCACCUCGGUCGAAGAAAAGGAAAAAGGAAGAAGAGGAGAAACAAGCGAUGUUCUCUACCACGGACACCUUUACCCACCUGAAGCAGCAGAAUAAUUUAAGUAAUCCUCCAACACCCCCUGCCUCUCUUCCUCCUACACCACCUCCUAUGGCUUGUCCGAAGAUGGCAAAUGGUUUUGCAACAACUGAAGAACUUGCUGGAAAAGCUGGAGUAUUAGUGAGCCAUGAAGUUACCAAAAGCCUAGGACCUAAACCAUUUCACCUGCCGUUCAGACCGCACGAUGACUUGUUGGCCAGAGCGAUUGCUCAAGGCCCAAAGACAGUGGACGUUCCUGCUUCACUUCCAACGCCGCCUCAUAAUAAUCAGGAGGAAUUAAGGAUACAGGACCACGGGGGCGACCGGGACACCCCCGACAGUGUUGUGCCCUCAUCCUCCCCUGAGAGCGUGGUCGGCGUGGAAGUGCGCAGGUACCCAGACCUGUCCCUGGUCAAAGAGGAGCCUCCGGAGCCCGCGCCCUCCCCCGUCAUCCCGCUCCUCCCGAGCAGCGCUGGGAAAGGGCUGGAGUCUAGAAGGAAUGACAUCAAAACUGAGCCGGGCACUUUAUUUUUCACGUCACCUUUUGGUUCAUCCCCAAAUGGUCCCCGAUCGGGUCUCAUAUCUGUGGCAAUCACUCUGCAUCCUACAGCUGCUGAGAACAUUAGCAGCGUUGUGGCUGCAUUUUCCGACCUCCUCCACGUUCGGAUUCCUAACAGCUACGAGGUUAGUAAUGCUCCAGAUGUUCCAUCCGUGGGUUUGGUCAGUAGCCACAGAGUAAACCCAGGUUUGGAGUAUCGACAGCGUUUAUUUCUUCGUGGGCCUCCACCAGGAUCUGCAAACCCUCCCAGACUAGCCAGCUCUUACCACCUGAAGCAGCCUACUGUGCCCUUCCCUCCAGCAAGCAAUGGCCUUUCUGGGUGCACGGGCACUAGUCACGGUGUCACAGAAAGUGCGGCUCUCAGGCCACAGUGGUGCUGCCACUGUCACGUCGUCGUUCUGGGCCACGGCGUGAGGAAGCCGGCCAGAGACCCGGCCUUCGUGAGCAAGGGGUCCCGAGACAGCUCCAGUAGAGUGGAGAAGGACAUUGUCUUCUGUAGUAAUAACUGCUUUAUUCUCUAUUCAUCAGCUGCGCAAGCAAAGACCUCCGAAAGCAAGGAAUCUGUUCCUUCAUUGCCACACUCGCCUAUAAAAGAGACGCCUUCCAGAGCAUUUCAUCAGUACAGUAACAACAUCUCCACUUUAGAUGUGCACCGUCUGCCGCAGCUCCAGGAAAAAGCCUCGCCCCCAGCGUCACCACCCAUCACUUUCCCUCCUGCUUUUGAAGCAGCCAAAGUGGAGGCAAAGCCAGAUGAGCUUAAGGUAACGGUCAAGUUAAAGCCUCGGCUAAGAACUGUCCACGGUGGGUUUGAAGACUGCAGGCCGAUCACUAAAAAGUGGAGAGGGAUGAAGUGGAAGAAGUGGAGCGUCCACGUCGUGGUCCCCAAGGGGACCUUCAGACCCCCCUGUGAAGACGAAAUUGAUGAGUUUCUGAAGAAACUGGGCACGUCCCUGAAACCUGAUCCCGUGCCCAAGGACUAUCGGAAGUGCUGCUUCUGUCACGAAGAAGGCGAUGGGUUGACAGAUGGACCGGCGAGGCUGCUCAACCUCGACUUGGACCUGUGGGUCCACUUGAACUGUGCCCUGUGGUCCACGGAGGUGUACGAGACCCAGGCUGGUGCCUUAAUAAACGUGGAGCUAGCCCUGAGGAGAGGCCUGCAGAUGAAAUGUGUCUUCUGCCAUAAGAUGGGGGCCACCAGCGGGUGUCACAGAUUUCGAUGCACCAACAUUUAUCACUUUACUUGCGCCAUUAAAGCACAAUGCAUGUUUUUUAAAGAUAAAACUAUGCUUUGUCCCAUGCACAAACCAAAGGGAAUUCACGAGCAGGAAUUAAGUUACUUUGCCGUCUUCAGGAGGGUCUACGUGCAGCGUGAUGAGGUACGACAGAUCGCCAGCAUCGUGCAGCGGGGGGAGCGUGACCACACCUUCCGUGUGGGAAGCCUCAUCUUCCACACGAUCGGCCAGCUGCUCCCACAGCAGAUGCAAGCCUUCCACUCUCCCAAAGCGCUCUUCCCCGUGGGCUACGAAGCCAGCCGGCUGUAUUGGAGCACGCGCUACGCCAACCGCCGCUGUCGCUACCUGUGCUCCAUCGAGGAGAAGGACGGGCGCCCCUUGUUCGUCAUCAGGAUCGUGGAGCAAGGCCACGAAGAUCUCGUCUUAAGUGACACCUCACCCAAAGGUGUUUGGGAUAAGAUUUUGGAGCCUGUGGCAUGUGUGAGGAAAGAGUCGGAGAUGCUGCAGCUCUUCCCAGCCUACCUAAAAGGGGAGGAUCUCUUCGGCUUGACCGUCUCUGCGGUGGCGCGGAUCGCGGAAUCACUCCCUGGGGUUGAGGCAUGUGAAAACUACACCUUCCGAUACGGCCGGAACCCUCUCAUGGAGCUGCCCCUGGCCGUCAACCCCACAGGCUGUGCCCGCUCUGAACCUAAAAUGAGUGCCCAUGUCAAGAGGUUUGUGUUAAGGCCUCACACCCUGAACAGCACCAGUGCCUCCAAGUCGUUUCAGAGCACGGUCACCGGGGAGCUGAGCGCGCCGUACAGCAAGCAGUUCGUGCACUCCAAGUCGUCCCAGUACCGCAAGAUGAAAACCGAGUGGAAGUCCAACGUGUACCUGGCCCGCUCUCGGAUUCAGGGGCUGGGCCUGUACGCCGCUCGGGACAUCGAGAAGCACACCAUGGUCAUCGAGUACAUUGGGACCAUCAUCCGGAACGAAGUCGCCAACAGAAAGGAGAAGCUUUACGAGUCCCAGAACCGAGGCGUGUACAUGUUCCGCAUGGACAACGACCACGUGAUCGACGCCACGCUCACGGGAGGGCCUGCGAGGUACAUCAACCACUCGUGCGCCCCUAACUGCGUGGCCGAGGUGGUGACUUUCGAGCGAGGACACAAGAUCAUCAUCAGCUCCAGCCGGAGGAUCCAGAAGGGAGAAGAGCUUUGCUAUGACUAUAAGUUUGACUUCGAGGACGACCAGCACAAGAUCCCCUGUCACUGCGGCGCCGUGAACUGCCGGAAGUGGAUGAACUGACGCUUUCCCCGCUGUCUCAGAGGGCGGCUCGGCCCUAGGAAGGAGCGAUUCAACACAGCAUUUGAAUUUCGCAGACGGGAAGAUGCUUUCGUUUUCUGUUUUGUGACUUUUUGGAAACUAGCUUCUGGGAGUCCUGAUUUCCUCCGUGCUUUAGGCUAGAGGAGCACCAGGAGAAAGCCGACCGAAGCAACUUGCCUGGAGUUGCCGAGGUCAAAGAAUUACAGAAUGGUCCAGCACUUUUUUUU